GGUCUUUGUGGCUCGCAGCUGCAGGUCCGCGGCUCGCGCCCUGGCGGCUCUUGAGCUUCCCGGAAAGAAGAGAUUACUCAAAAGAAACUCUGAAGUAGAGGACCCAGCUGUAGUGAGCUUUUUGCUAAGCUGUUUCAGCCCAGAACGGCUAUGGAAUCCAGAGCAGUUUCAACCCCGGUACCUCAGAAUUCUCAGGAACAAGAGCUAAUACUAGUGAAAGUAGAAGAAAGCCUUUCUUGGGGUCAGAAACUUAAGCAGAAUGGGAGUACCCGAUCCUGCCAGGAAUUGUUUCGCCAGCAGUUCAGAAAGUUUUGCUACCAGGAGACACCUGGGCCCCGGGAGGCUCUGGGCCGACUCCAGGAGCUUUGCUGUCAGUGGCUGAGGCCAGAGUUGCACACGAAGGAGCAGAUCCUGGAGCUGCUGGUGCUGGAGCAGUUCCUGAGCAUCCUGCCUGAAGAGCUGCAGAUCUGGGUUCAGCAACACAGUCCAAAAAGUGGCGAGGAAGCUGUGACUCUGUUGGAGGAUUUGGAGAGGGAAUUUGAUGAUCCAGGGCAGCAGGUCCCAGCUAGUCCACAGGGACCAGCAGUGCCAUGGACGGAUUUGACACGUCUUGGAGCAUCCCAGGAGUUAACAAACAUCGAACUCCAGCCUUUAAAGAGACAGCUGAAACCCUGGGAACCUUGCCUUUCCCCCAGAAGCGAUUGUGAGAACAAUGGAUCAUCAACAAAGAAGGACAUUUCAGGAGAGAAAUCACAAAGACUUCCCCAGGAGCCUUCAUUUGGAGGAAUUAGUGAACAUGAAAGCAGUUCAGAGUGGCAGCAUGGAAGUGGUACAGGGGAGAAAUUAAGAAGAUCCCCCUCCCAAGGGGGCAGUUUUAGUCAAGUAAUCUUCACACACAAAUCUCUAGGAAACAAAGACCAUCCUGAGCCCCAGAGAAGCUUGAUUCUAAAUACAAACUCUAUAACGUAUCAGAAAGUUCCUACAGAAGAGAGACCUUACAGGUGUGACGUAUGCGGGCACAGCUUCAAACAGCAUUCUGCUCUAACACAACAUCAGAGGAUCCAUACUGGAGAAAAGCCAUACAGAUGUAGCCAGUGUGGGAAGGCCUUUAGUUUGAGGUCCUAUCUUAUUAUUCAUCAGAGAAUUCAUAGUGGUGAGAAAGCAUAUGAAUGUAGUGAAUGUGGGAAGGCCUUCAACCAGAGCUCAGCCCUCAUUAGACAUCGGAAAAUCCAUACUGGUGAGAAAGCUUGUAAAUGUAAUGAAUGUGGCAAAGCAUUCAGUCAAAGUUCGUAUCUCAUUAUCCAUCAAAGAAUUCACACUGGUGAGAAACCCUACGAGUGUAAUGAGUGUGGGAAAACCUUUAGCCAAAGCUCAAAGCUUAUUAGACACCAGCGAAUUCAUACAGGAGAAAGACCUUAUGAAUGUAAUGAGUGUGGAAAAGCUUUCAGGCAGAGCUCAGAGCUGAUAACCCAUCAGAGAAUACAUAGUGGAGAGAAACCCUAUGAAUGUAGUGAGUGUGGAAAAGCCUUCAGUCUGAGCUCAAACCUCAUCAGACACCAGAGAAUUCACAGUGGAGAGGAACCUUAUCAGUGUAAUGAAUGCGGCAAAACCUUCAAAAGGAGCUCAGCCCUUGUUCAGCAUCAGAGAAUCCACUCCGGGGAUGAGGCUUACAUAUGUAGUGAAUGUGGGAAGGCUUUCAGUUUCCGUCGGAGCUCAGACCUUAUUAAACAUCAAAGAGUCCACACUGGUGAAAAACCUUACAAAUGUGAUGAAUGUGGGAAAGCCUUCAGUCAGAGCUCUGAUCUUAUUAUACAUCAGCGAAUACAUACAGGAGAAAAACCCUAUCAGUGCAGUCAUUGUAGUAAAAGUUUUAGCCAGCGCUCAGACCUGGUUAAACAUCAAAGAAUACAUACUGGAGAGAAGCCUUAUACAUGUAACCAGUGUAACAAACAUUUUAGUCAGAGUUCUGAUGUUAUAAAACAUCAAAGAAUCCACACUGGUGAGAAACCAUAUAAAUGUGAUGUGUGUGGAAAAGCCUUCAGUCAGAGCUCAGAUCUUAUUCUACAUCAGAGAAUCCACACUGGAGAGAAACCAUAUCCAUGUAAUCAGUGUAGCAAAAGUUUCAGUCAGAACUCAGACCUUAUUAAACAUCGAAGGAUCCACACUGGAGAGAAACCCUAUAAAUGUAAUGAAUGUGGGAAAGCUUUUAAUCAGAGCUCAGUCCUUAUUCUGCAUCAGAGAAUUCACACUGGAGAGAAACCCUAUCCAUGUAAUCAGUGUAGCAAAACCUUCAGUAGACUUUCAGAUCUUGUUAAUCAUCAACGAAUUCACACUGGAGAGAAGCCUUACCCAUGUAACCAGUGCAGUAAAAUGUUUAGUCGAAGAUCAGACCUUAUUAAACAUCAUAGAAUUCAUACAGGUGAGAAACCCUAUGAAUGUGAUGAGUGUGGGAAAACCUUUAGUCAAAGCUCAAACCUUAUUCUGCAUCAGAGAAUCCACACUGGAGAGAAACCCUAUCCAUGUAACGAUUGUACUAAAAGUUUUAGUCGUCGUUCAGACCUUGUGAAACAUCAGAGAAUACACACUGGAGAGAAACCGUAUGCAUGUAAUCAGUGCAAUAAAAGUUUUAGUCAAAGCUCAGACCUCACUAAACAUCAGAGAGUACACUCUGGGGAAAAACCCUAUCAUUGUGAUUGUUGUGAGAAAGCCUUCAGUCAGAGUUCUGACCUUAUUCUUCAUCAGAGAAUUCACACUGGAGAAAAACCAUAUCUAUGCACACAGUGCAGCAAAAGUUUCAGUCAGAACUCCGACCUUAUCAAGCACCAGAGGAUCCACACUGGGGAAAAACCAUAUAAAUGUAAUGAAUGUGGGAAGGCUUUCAGUCAGUGCUCAGCUCUUGUCCUACAUCAGAGGAUCCACACUGGGGAGAAACCAUAUCCAUGCGAUCAGUGUGGCAAAAGCUUUAAUCGGCGCUCUGAUCUCAUUAACCAUCAAAGAAUCCACACUAAUGAAAAUCCAUAUAAAUGUGAUGUGUCUGGGAAAGCCUUUAGCACAUGCACUGAUCUUACUGAACACCAGAGAAUCCACACUGGUGAGAAACCCCACAGGUGUGUUCAAUGUAGCAGAAGUUUUAGCCAACUCUCUGAUCUUAUUAAUCAUGAGAAAGUCCAUGCUGGGGAAGACACUCUAAAUGUGUUGAAUAUGGGAAAACCUUUAGUGUAUACACCAACUUUAUUCAGUACCAGAGACACUCUGCCAGAAAAAAAUCUUAUGAUUGCUAUGGAUGAUUAUGAAAAAGGUUUUAAUCAAUGCUCAACUUUUGUGCUACAUUAAAAAAAGACACACACACACUAGAGAGAAAGCAUAUUAAUUCAAUUUUUAUAAUGAAAGUUUAACUCAGAGCUCAGACAUUACUAAAGAAAAUUUCUGAGGAGGAAUCCUGUGAGUUGUUGGAAAACCUUCAAUGUGAAAAAAUUUUUACUGAAUGUCAGAAACAAUGGAAAAAAAUUUCUAUCUGCUGUAAUGUAAGAAAAGCUCUAGUCUUUUAUUCAAACACUGCACAAGAGGAAAGUUUUAUCAUUAUAAGAAAUGUCUAACCAUAUUAAUGCAGAACCUUAUCAGAUAUUGUAAAAAUCAGUGUGGUGUUGUGUGCAAUCAGAACUCAGAAGGAAAUGUAUUAGUGUUAUAAUCUCAAACCUUCAGUGAGCCCAGCUCACCUAUUGCAUAUCAGAGAAGUUAUUUUAGAGAAUGUAGGGAAAACUUAAACCCUUCCCAUAUCUUAAUUGGCAUUCACUCUGAUAAUUCGCAUACCACUUACCUCCUGACAGCUGGAGAAUCCUACCUUAUGCAAACAUUAGUUAUUAAAUUCCCUCUGUGUGAACAUGCUAUGCUAUGCUGGUAUUAAACUUACUAACUGCAUAACUCUAGUGCCCCAUUUUCUGAAAUAUCCUUUUUUUUGGGAGGGAGGCCAAGUUUUGGUCUUCCUAGUGAGCAUGAGUUUUCAAGUUCCUGUGGUGUUCACAGCAAACAUGAAUUUAUUUUGCUCUUAAUAAUGUAGCCCAUCCAUAAACUUUAGUGGUUUGAAAUUACUUCUUCAACACUACCAUUUAAUUACAGUUUCUAAAUAUGUGAAACAAUUUUUUAAAAAAUAAUUCCAUAUGUUAAAGUGUGAAUAUUUCUCUACUACUAUGUUUAUCCUGUCUGUCAUCUAUAGAUGGAACAAAAAUGUUAGCUAAAGUAACACCCACAUGACUAUAUUGCAUAUUCUGUCUAAAAAU